AUGUCAAGCAAACACGUGAUCAUUGUUGGUGGAGGACUCGCAGGACCAGCGUUGGCCAUCGCCCUCGCGCGACAAUCCAUCCGAUCCACCAUCCUGGAACGUCAUGCCUCUGUUCAAGAUAUAGGUGGAGUGAUCAUGCUUGCUCCAAACGCAAUGUGCGUUAUGGACAAGACAUUGGGGCUGUCAGAUCAGUUGCGCAAGGUCGGGACCUCGUUCGACGCCAUCAACAUUUGGCUCGAGAGAGGUGGUGGUCUCUCUCACGUGGGAGGAUUCUCGACUCUAUUCCAUGAGCGAAGUAGUAUCAGUAUUGGACGACCGGUCUUACAUCAAACAUUGAUGGACGAGUGCGAGAAGCUCAAGGAUAAGAUCAAUAUCCGCUUCUCGUCUCGUCUCCGAUCAAUUAAUGAAGGGCCCGAAGGCGUUGAAGCGAUUCUCGAAGAUGGCCACAAGAUAUCUGGAGACAUACUUAUCGGUGCCGAUGGUAUUGGCUCCAAAGUGCGUCAAUAUGUCCUGGGUGAAACGAUCGACCCGACCUACAGUGGGAUCUUUAUGACCGGUAUGAUCCUACCCAAAUCAGAAAUCUCUUUGCCCCCUUCCAUGUCCUUACCAGUCUUCUCCUACACGCGACAUGGGACCUUCCUGAUAUUUGACAUGGGCGACGGCAACGUUCAAUGGGUGACAAGCUUCGAGGCGAAGGAGAGGGACAGGAAAACUGGUUGGGCAGAAUACGUUCAAUCCGGUCAAGCAGUCAAGGACGUCAAAUUAAAGUAUGGAGAUCUACGUAUGGAUCCUAUCAAGAGUAUGGUGGACAAGCUAUCGACUGAACACGUCAGGUUCUGGGCCCCUUAUCUCAUGCCACCACUCGAACGAUGGCAUACAGAUAGAGUCUGUAUGAUCGGAGAUGCCGCACAUGCUAUCCCUCCGUCCGCGGGUCAAGGCGCGGCUCAAGCCUUUGAGGAUAUCGGCUUGCUCUCGCGUUUGCUAGGCAAGGCGGUGGCAGAGAACAGUCAUCCAGACUUUGGACCCAUCUUUGAACGAUUCGAGAAACUUCGUCGACCGAGAAUAGACCAAGUUCGGACCAUGACGGUCAGGGCGGAAGCGACUCGAAGGGAAACAUCGAAUGGAUUGAUGUGGUGGUUGAAAGGGACAGGCACAAGAGCAGUCUUUUGGCUGCUCGGGAAGAAUGGGUAUCUGAGUAAUGAGGAUUUUCUGGGGUACGAUGUGAAUGCUUUGCCUUUGUAG